AGGCCAAGUGGGAGUCCAUCCGCGCCGCCCAGGCGCAGAACCAGUCCCAGCGCGACAAGGCCAAAGCGAUCCGCGAGCAGACCAGGCAGGGACUUAUGGAGCAGAAGCUUCAGAACGCCAAGACCGCGAAGGAGCAGUCCCGGGUGCACCACAUGCAGAAGAAGGAGCGCGAGACCCAGGAGAGGAUGGCCAACAUGGAGAGGUCGGCCUACCUGAAGGCCCGGCGGGAAGAGGCCAGCAAGAAGCUCGAGGAGAAACGCUUGGCGCAGAUAGAGAAGUUCCGCGAGGACUACGAGGCGCGGACGGCCCAGGAGGAGCUGCUGCGGCAGAGGACAGACGCGCUCGUGGCGAAGAUGGAGAAGGAGGAGAUGGAGCUCAUCCAGCGGUUGCAGAACACUCAGACAAUCCAGCGGAACGCUUACGAGGAGCUCGAGAUGGCGCUGGGCCAGAACAGCCAACAGAUCUCCACGAACUCUCGCUCGGGUCCGACGUCGCUGCCCGCGGCCACGGCGUGAAGCGCCCUGGCGGACGGGUGGCUUGCUCUGCCCUGGUUGAAGAAGGUGGGCAGGAAGGGUUGAAAGCUUGUUGCGGCACGCAACCCUUCUUAGAUGAGCUUGGUUGCACUGCCCGAGCUCUUUUCCCUGGUGUAGGAUGCGCCAGCAGCGGCCUCUUUAUACAGCGGCCUGCUAUUUGCACGCUGUCCAGUACAUAUGUUUCUACCCGGACUGAUACACGCCGCGUCAGGUGGCCGCGACCAUUGGGGUCAUCGCAGUGCUCGAAAUUUGAGCACUGCUCGGCGUGCGCGCCUGAAGGAGGAGGAGGAGGAAACUGGGGGAGGAAAACCAGGGUGCGCCCAGCAUGUGUCGACGACGCUGCAGCACAGCUUCCCGCUCAAAGUCCCCUCCUCAGAGGCCCCCUGC